CCAAUUUGGGAGCUUUACACGGAGCCACCCAGGCCUCUCGACCGUUCCACCUUGGAGUAGAAGCUGUCGAGAAUUGUUCAUACCAUCACAAUUCCUUUCAUCAGUUUGGUAUCACAGAAGGAGAACGAUGAAAAAGAUGCUGAGCCCUUGGAUGGCACCUGGACAGGUCUUGCGGUGCAGCACCCGCAGUCAUGUCACUAGCAUUAUUGAAGGAAGCUAGAUCCAAAGGAAGCAUUACACUCAAACAAGCCUUGCCCGCAACAUGGAGAAGACUGUUUGCUGCUCCAUCAGGAUCUGGGACAGUUCCGUUGAGCCCCUUGGAGUCGUACAACAUAUUAGAUUAUGGAUCACGACUACAAGCCCUUAGUAACGUUCGAAAGUCCAGCAAACGACCUCUGACGCUCUCCGAAAAGAUUCUAUACAGCCACCUAGUCCCCAGCGAAGAUGGGUGGUCGCUCGGCGAGAUACACCGAGGCAAGACGAUACUACGCCUGCGACCAGAUCGAGUAGCAUGCCACGAUGCCACAGCAACAAUGGCGUUGCUCCAGUUCAUCAGCGCCGGUCUUCCACGCGUCAGAGUUCCGACAUCCGUACACAGCGACCACCUAGUUGUCGCCGAGAAAGGUGACCAAGAAGAUCUCGCUCGCGCCACCCGCGAUCACGAAGAGGUGUACGCCUUUCUAAGCAGCGCGACGAAGAAAUACGGAAUCGGAUAUUGGAAGCCUGGGGCGGGGAUCAUCCACACAACCAUCUUUGAACACUACGCCUUUCCAGGCGGCCUGAUGAUUGGAACGGACUCGCAUACACCCAACGCUGGAGGAAUGGGCAUGCUAGGCAUUGGUGUCGGCGGUGCUGAUGCUGUCGAUGCAAUGUCCGGUAUGCCGUGGGAGCUUGUCUGUCCCAAAGUCUGUGGCGUGCGUCUGACUGGCAAACUCCAGGGAUGGAGCUCGUCAAAGGACAUAAUCUGCAAGCUAGCGGGUAUUCUCACUGUCUCUGGGGGCAAGGGUAAAGUCAUUGAGUUCUUCGGGCCAGGCACCACCACACUGGGAGCUACGGCAAUGGCUACGGUGUGCAACAUGUCUGCCGAAAUUGGAUCAACAUCUUGUGUGUUCCCUUACUCGGAAGCAAUGCCACGAUACCUUUCAGCAACCAAACGCAAAGACAUCGCCGACUAUGCCGAUACUUUCAAGCAACCUCUCUUGGUUGGAGAUGAGGGUUGCGACCGCUACUACGACGAAAUCAUCGAGAUCGACCUGUCUACUCUCGAACCUCACAUUAAUGGCCCCUUCACCCCAGAUCUAGCACACCCACUAUCACAGUUCAAGCAGCACGUCACCGAGAGCUCAUGGCCGUCAGAUAUUGCUUGCAGCCUUGUCGGAAGUUGCACCAACAGCUCAUACGAAGACCUAGAAAAGGUUCGCCAUGUCGUCCUUCAGGCCAGGGAAGCUGGGCUGAAGAGGACGAAAACUCGAUUUCUAGUUAGCCCAGGAAGCGAGCAAAUCCGUGCAACGGCAGAAGAGGAAGGGAUUCUUGACACGCUUAGACAAGCUGGGGCUACUGUCUUGAGUAACUCCUGUGGUCCCUGCGUCGGCCAAUGGGAUCGGAAAGACGUCGAUGUUAAGGGCUCUGAGGAGAACUCAAUCAUUUCCAGCUUCAAUCGCAACUUCACAGGUCGCCACGACAGUAAUCCGGCAACUCAUUCCUUCGUGACAUCACCCGAACUCGCUACGGCGUUUGCAUUCGCUGGUAAUCUCACCUUCAACCCCAUGACCGACGACAUCCCCGUACCCAGUAUGUCUGGGGCCCCCAAGAAUUUCCGCUUCUCACCACCUCAAGCCCCCGAGCUUCCGGCCCUUUUCUCUCCCGGUGCCGACCGUUUCCAACCUCCGGUUCUAGCGGACACAUCGGAGCUGACUGUCAACAUCCUUUCAACUAGCGAUAGGCUCCAGCUUUUAACGCCAUUUGAGGGAUGGCACCUUGGCAAAGCGCGGGACAUGAGCAUCCUUAUCAAGGUCCGCGGCAAGUGUACGACAGAUCACAUCUCUCCCGCUGGUCCUUGGUACAAGUAUCGCGGUCAUCUAGAGAACAUCAGUAACAACAUGCUCCUCGGUGCCACCAACGCCUUCCUGCCGGACGCCAGCUCAUUGAACAUGACUGGGAAAGCCACGGACCAGGUCGAUGGCCGGAUCAAACCCGUGCCCCAAGCCGCGAGGAAUAUGAAGAGCGCGGGCAUCAGAUGGUGUAUUAUCGGGGACGAUAACUACGGUGAAGGAAGCUCGCGAGAACAUGCUGCCCUGGAGCCGCGAUACCUGGGUGGUGUUGCCAUUAUUGCCAAAAGCUUCGCAAGAAUCCACGAGACAAACUUGAAGAAGCAGGGAAUGUUGCCGCUUACGUUUGUUGAUCCCGCUAGCUAUGAUAAAAUCAAGAGAGGAGACCAUAUCACCCUUGUAGACGUCGAAGAUGGUGAUUUACAGCCCGGGAAGCAGGUUAUUAUGGAGGUUGUUACCUCACACGGUAACAGAUGGAGGGCCAAGCUGAAUCAUACCUUCGAGAUCAAUCAGAUUGAAUGGCUGCGGGCGGGAAGUGCGCUCAACCAUAUUAAACGUGUUACACUUCACGGCGAGGCAUGAUACGUUGUCGGCGUUAGGAAAUGAGGAUCUAGAGGGCAGAGGAUGAGAUGUUAUUUUGGAUCUUGAUAUAGAUAGCGUCCUCUUUGACAUCAUAAAUCCCAAAGUUACCUUCAUACAAGCCUGGACGUGUGCCGUAUUUAUCUUCAAAAUCACUCUUGACCUCCCAACAUCAUGAUG